CGUACGCUCAGUCGCUUCGUGAGCGGAGUACGCGUGGGCUACUCGCAAUUACGACAAUAAAAGGCUAAUCAUCCAAUAGAAAUAUAUAAUACCAGUGAAAAUACUCGCACUUCCUGAACGUUUGACGUUCAUUCUAUUUUUGAAUUUUGCCGCGAAAGUUGAAUAAUUGGCCAGAAAGCAAAUGGUUCUUGUGGACUUCGAAGGACUCAAUAAGUUUCUGCUGUCGUAAAAUCAAGUUGAUAUAAGUUUUAUUAUCACAGUGGAUCCCUUUGUAAAGAGGAAGAUGAAAAUUUUCAAGAAGAAACUCCGUUUUUCGAUAGAUUAUAGUUUCGUGUAGACAAUUCGGUUUUGUUGAGUACGUUAUAAUAAAAAAGUAUAUCAUAAUAUCAGCAGCGGACAUCUUUUCUACUAAAGGAAUCACGAUGUAUAGCCCGAAGGUUUGCGACAUUGUCUGCCUCCUAGCCUUGGCUGUGUCAGUCAAUGCAAAAGGCCUUAGUGUUGCAGAUAAUGGUAUGUUAACAGUGACGUACCCAACAGAUUUAGACACAACAACAGAACCAGUUACAACAGAAAAUAUUUUAAAUACAAACCAAACCAUUGUUGAAAAUCAAAAUACCUAUAUAGACAAUAACACAAACAAAAAUGAAACACCAAACAUAAAAGUAAUAGAUAAUGGUGAAAUAAAAACUCCAGAAAGCGCUAACAAAGUUAUUCAACCGAUUGUAACAAACCUAUCAUUUAAUAACGUUAAAUAUCAGGCCAACGCUAAGCAAGAAGCCAAAGAGGUAAAACCUAAAUUAAGUAUAGCUGAUAUGUUGCAACGUCAGAGAAUUCAGAAGAAGAACGAUAUAAGAGCUCAUGUUCAAUACGAUGAAGUAACUGGGGAAUUGAUGGGCGGUGAUCAUCCCUGUCACCGCGAGUGUAAAGAAGGGGAGGAUCCAAUGAUUUGCUAUUAUCAUUUCAAUCUAGAAUGGUAUCAUACUAUGAGCAAGGCGUGUUAUAAUUGUCCUUACAACCCCGACGAUUGCAAGCUUUUAGAUUGUAUACCAGCUGAUGGAAUGAGCAGACCCCUCAAUGUUAUCAAUAGAAAGAUGCCUGGACCUGCUAUUGAGGUAUGCCAACAUGAUAGAAUAAUUGUGGACGUCGAGAAUGACUUGAUGACUGAGGGAACGACGGUUCAUUGGCACGGACAACAUCAACGGGGAACUCCUUUUAUGGAUGGAACACCAUACGUCACGCAGUGUCCUAUAAUACCUGAAUCAACUUUCAGGUAUCAAUUCAAUGCGACACACUCCGGUACACAUUUCUGGCAUUCACACUCCGGGAUGCAAAGAGCUGAUGGAGCAGCUGGCGCGCUUAUCAUACGGAAACCAAAAUCGCAGGACCCCCAUGGCGCUUUGUAUGAUUACGACAGAUCGGAUCACGUGAUGAUAGUAACGGACUGGAUACAUGAACUGUCUGUCGGUAUGUUCACUGACCAUCAUCACUCCACUGGUGACAACAAACCACCGACCUUACUGAUCAAUGGGAUUGGAAGGUUCAGGAUUUUCAACGAAACGGUGAAGCCUAUGUACAUGCAAGCUGCUAGGUUCAACGUUGAACAGGGCUAUAAGUACCGUUUUCGAGUGAUCAACGCUGAGUUCCUAAAUUGUCCUAUCGAAAUGUCUGUCGAUGGACACAAUAUCACAGUCAUCGCUUCAGACGGAUACGAUCUCGAGCCUAUUAAUGCAACGUCUCUAGUGACAUACGCGGGCGAGCGUUAUGACUUUGUGAUAGAAGCGAAUAACGAAAUAGACAACUAUUGGAUUCGCUUCAGAGGACUCAUGGAUUGCGACGAGAGAUUCACAAAAGCAAAGCAAGUGGCGGUUUUACAUUACGAAGGCGCUAUGGAUUUGGAACCAUCGGGAGAUCCUACUUGGGAGGAAUUGCAUAAUGAAGGAUUGCAAUUAAAUGCUCUUAACAAAGCCGAGGAAGAGAAUGAAACGAUAAGCGUAGCUGAGAUGAGAUCUCUUCAGGGUUAUGACGACAGUUUGAAAGAAAUAGCUGAUUAUCAGUUUUAUGUGGCAUAUGACUUCUACGCUAAGAACAAUUCGCAUUACCACCGAUCACCAUAUUAUGGGUAUUACCAGGUACCGAACCCAGACAAUCGUCUAUACACGCCUCAAUUAAACCACAUCAGUAUGAAAAUGCCAUCAAGUCCGUUGCUAUUAUCGCGACCGUCCCCAGACAAAUUUUGCAACGCAUCCAGUAUAGACGAAUCCUGCAAAGAAGAUUACUGUGAAUGUUCACACGUGUUAUCUGUUAGGUUGAACUCUGUUGUUGAAGUUAUUAUUGUUGAUGAAGGUGUGACCUUCGAUGCCAAUCAUCCAUUCCACUUGCACGGUCACAACUUCAGAGUUGUUGGAAUGAGACGGCUAUCUAAUAUGACGACAAUCGAAGAAGUCAAGGCUUUCGAUGAAGCUGGUUUAUUGAAGCGCAACCUUAAGAACGCGCCGCUCAAAGAUACCGUCACGGUACCAGACGGUGGGUACACUGUUAUACGGUUCAAAGCUGACAACCCUGGUUACUGGUUGUUCCAUUGUCAUAUAGAAUUCCAUGUUGAAGUUGGCAUGGCCCUGAUUUUCAAAGUCGGUGAACAUAAAGACAUGGCGCCGAUCCCUCAUGAUUUUCCAACCUGCGGAAAUUAUCUACCUGAUAAUAUGUUGGAGCAUGAAACAACUCCAAAACCAAAUCCAAGUGAUAACCAGGUAAUCAAGAUUACACACUGGUGGCCUAUUUAUUACGUCAAUGGCACCUCUUCGGCUACCGCCGUACAAAUUUCGAUACCACUUUUAAGUAUUAUAUGGAUAUUAAAAUUUGUCACUGGAACGUAAUAUUUAUCUGAUAAAAACGUUAAAUUUAGUUCUAAUAAAUCAAAUACGAUUUCGUACUUAUUCAUUGUUUUAUAUUUUUUUAGCCAUUUAGUUUUUAUAACUCUAUUUUUUUUUUGUAUUUAUUAUCAUACUCAGAGUUAAUUAUUUAUUGGGCCGUACUUAUAUCUAUUUAUUGAUUUUAUGAUACCUUUGCUAAAAUGAUUUCGUAAAAGAAAAUAAGAAAUUCUCAUUUGUAUUUUGUUUAACGAGACAUGGUAUUAUAAUGAUUUAUAUAAUUAUUGAAUGCCGUUAUGUUGAGGCAGUGCUAAAACGAUUUAGUGUAUUUCUAACCCAUUUCAAAAAAGGAAGGGUUAACUUUUAAGUAUUUUUGACUAUCGUGAUUACAAAUCAACAAUAUCGUUGUCUUGACUUGCCAAAUUGAGGACAUUUAAGAAAUGCACCCUCAACUCUACUAGAUGUCGCUGGUGAUAUGUGAUAUUACUUAGUUAAGAUAAUUUUAAGAGGUAUUAAAUUAUUGUUGUGAAUUCAAUAAAUGAUAUAAUUAUCAUUUAAAAAUAAACUUCAACAUUGCAUAUUA